UUUAUAUAGGAUUUACAGGUUGUUAAAGCUCAUGUUCUUACGGAGGAGCAUUAAUUUUUGUUUCUUCUUUUGUUCUUCCAUUUUUGCUAAGUUUUGUGCAUGUCAAAUCCUCUGAAUAGGGUGAAUCAUCUCCAUGCUCAAAUGAUGGAGGAAAUGGAUGUUUUGUGUUCAUCAUAAAUAUUACAGUUUAGCAGAGGCUUUAAUCGGUGAUUUUUUCAGCGAAUCGCCGCUGAGUAUUCUCUUGAGAUUUUAGCACUGAAGAUGGAGGGAAGGGAAGGGAAAUGAUUGGGGAUUGUUUCUGAUAAAUCUACGAGUUAUUCAGCUGCUCUGAAACUAUGGAUAAAGGUAAUGGAAAACGUAGGAAUCGUUACUUGCUUGUUUUGAUUGCAUGCUUCAUCCUAUGGUUCUUUCUGUUUUAUGUUCAAAUAAUCGAGUUUGGAUCGAUAAGUGGAUUCCAAAACGUGCGAUUGAUUUUGAAGGACUACACUCAAAAUCUCAGACUUAAAAACAGUGCUUUUUUUCAGAGCACCAAUGAAUCUGACCAAUCCAUGCAAAAAAAUGGAGCUAAAAGAAAUACAGAAAUCGAAUCCGAUCGAGUUAUGGAGAAGAAUCAAGUUGUGAAUAAUAGAAAUGAUGAAUUGGUGGGAAAUUUUGAUAAAAAUGGUGUUAUAAGGAGCAAAAUCGAGGAAUCAGGGAGGAUUAUUGACAAGAGUGGCGAUAUGGUCAGAAGAAACAAGGAAAAUGUCACAACUUCAGAGAAGAAUGGCGGUACAAGCGAAAUAAACCAAGAAUUAUUGGAUUCUUUGUUGAAAAAUGAUGUUACAAGGAGCAAAAACAAUGAAACCGAACCUUCUUCUCAAGAGAAAAACACUGCAAGUAUCACAAACCAUGGAUUUGAAUCAUCUUUAACCAUGAAUAUCUCUGCAACUCCAUUGGAACCAGAACCCAAUCUCCAUUUACAAAAGAACUCUACAAAAACCAGCACAAAAGGUUCUCAAAAUAGCAACUCAGAUCUUUCUUUGAACAAGAACUACUCAAACUCUAAUGUCGAAGGCGAACGAAACAUUGUUGAUCCCUGCCUUGGAAGGUAUAUAUACAUACACAAGCUCCCAUCAAAAUUCAACAAAGACAUGCUCAAGAACUGCAAAACCCUAAAUGAAUGGACCGACAUGUGUCGGUUCACCUCAAACUCAGGAAUGGGGCGUCCUCUCUCUAACACAAAAGGCGUCUUAUCCAAAAAUGGCUGGUACUCAACUAAUCAGUUUGCCCUAGAUGUGAUCUUCCAUAGCAGGAUGAACCUCUAUGAGUGUUUAACCCUAAAUUCGUCUGCUGCUUCAGCAAUUUUUGUUCCUUUUUAUGCAGGCCUCGACAUCGGCCGAUACCUUUGGGCAAUGAACUCGACAUUGAAAGAUGCAGCAUCAAUGGAACUCAUGGAUUGGCUUGUCAAGAGGCCAGAGUGGAAAAGAAUGCAAGGUGGGGAUCAUUUCAUGGUGGCAGGGAGAAUUACAUGGGAUUUUAGAAGACUCUCGAAUUCUAGCUUGGAAUGGGGUAACGAACUACUCAUCCUUCCGGCCACGAAGAACAUGACAGUUCUGGUAAUCGAGUCAAGUCCGUGGAGCCGAGUCGAUGUUGCAGUCCCUUAUCCUACUUAUUUCCAUCCUGCAAAAGCUUCUGAUGUCUUUUCCUGGCAAAAACGCAUGGCUCGAAUCAAGCGGCCAUGGCUCUUCUCCUUCGUGGGGGCGUCAAGACCGAAUAUAAAGACCUCCAUCCGAGACCAACUGAUCGAUCAAUGUCAAAAAUCAAAACUAUGUUAUCUCCUAGAGUGUAAUGCACCAGGGAACCAGUGCCAAUCUCCGAGCAGUGUAAUGCGCAUCUUUCAGAGCUCGGUGUUCUGUCUUCAACCUCAAGGCGAUUCUUACACUCGACGCUCGGCCUUCGACUCAAUACUCGGGGGUUGUAUACCAGUGUUUUUCCACCCGGGCUCGGCGUAUACUCAGUAUUUGUGGCAUUUGCCAUUGAAUUACACAAAGUACUCUGUUUUUAUACCUGAGGAUGAGGUGAGAGAUGGGGUUGUUGAUAUAGAGAAGAGGCUUUUGGAGAUUAAUAGAGAACAGGUGAGGAGUUUGAGAGAUGAAGUUAUUGGGUUGACACCUAGGGUUAUUUAUGGGGACCCAAAGGGGAAGUUGGAGAAGUUAAAAGAUGCUUUUGAUAUUGCAGUGGAAGGGGUGUUGAAGAGAGUAGAGAGGGUGAGACGGGGGCUUGAAGGAGAUCAAGGUUUUGGGGUUGAGCAAACAUGGAAGCAGGUGUUGCCUGAAGGGAGUUACGAGGAGGACUGGGACAGGUUUUUUAAGCAGUUUGAGUUUAGAUGAUGAUGGCGUGGGAAAACAAGGAAAGGAUCGGAUCGGAACUCGCUGGGUCUCGAGCCUGAGUUAGGUUUGACACACUCGACCAAGUUUAAAAGGUAACAAGAAAAUAUUAGGAACUAGACAGACUUGGCUCGCCGGUUCUCUUACAUUUGGUUUGAGGAUCAGCAGGUUGCAGAGCCCGAGAGGCUCGAGUCCCAGUGGAUUCACGCGAGUUAUUUUACACUAGACAGGUUACCUUAUGGAUUUUCACUUUUCUCGACACCAUGUAAGGAAAUUUUAUGAAGUUGGGCUGGUGAUUUUCUUCUUUUUUUCUUCUUUUUUC